AUGAGCCACCUCUCAUGGUCCAACAUCUCCAGCGCAGCGCCCUCUUCCUCUUCAUACGCUGAGCUCUACCCCUCUCUCACGUCAUGGACACUCAGUGUUCCGGUCGCCAUAGUGCUCCUUGUAGCAGCGCGUUCCUAUAUGGCAAGGCCUAAGGGGAAGCUUCCUCCUGGGCCGCCAGGAUUACCCGUCAUAGGAAAUCUGCAUCAACUGACAGAUAAGCUCUGGGUAACGCUCGAGAAGUGGACUAAACAAUACGGCCCCGUAGUCUAUCUAAAUAUCGCCGGCCAAAACACAAUCGUCCUUGGCACGCACAAAGCCGCCGCCGAUCUCCUCGAUCGUAGAGCGGGCAUCUACUCUGACCGACCACGAAAUAUCGUCGCAGGAGAGCUGCUGACGGGCGGUUUGGUAUUUGCGUUCGCUCAGCAUAACGAUGUCUGGAAGCGGAUGAGAAGGGCAUCGCAUGAAGCGAUGAAUAACCAAGUUGCCAAGUCCUACUUCCCAUUCCAAGAGACUGAAUCGUCUCUCCUUGUCUCUGAGCUCCUCGCUUCCCCGGACCUCUUUGACUCCCACCUCCGCCGCGCAUCCACGUCUCUCGUCUUAUCCAUGAUCUACGGGCUGCCUCCCAUGGAAGACAGCAGGGACCCCGUUAUCUUGCGGGUGAAUCAUUUCACGGAGAGGGCGCUGAAGGCGGCGAUCCCGGGCGCGUAUUUGGUGGAGUACUUCACGUGGAUGGAGCAUUUGCCGCGGUGGAUGUGUGCCUGGAGACGAUAUGCUGAGGAUGCAUUCAAGCGCGAUUCCGUCCUCUUCGAAAACCUCUUCGCUGAUGUUGUGACUCGCCUUAAAAGCGGUGACCAACGCCCCAGCGUCGCUGCCACCAUCAUCACCGAACAAGAGAAGAAGAACCUCACGGAUAAAGAAGCUGCCUGGGUAUCUGCUACGCUCUAUGCCGCUGGUGCUGAGACGACAUCGGGCCAACUCGCCUGGUUUAUGGAGGCAAUGGUUCUCUACCCCGAGGUCCAAGCUCGCGCACAAGCAGAGAUUGAUCGCGUCGUCGGGCGCGAUAGGAUGCCUACAUUCCAGGACUACGACCAUCUUCCAUACAUCAAGGCAAUGGUGAAGGAGACGCUGAGGUGGAACGGAGUCGGCAGAUUGGGUGUCCCACACAGGCUGGCCCAGGACGAUUGGUACGAGGGGCACUUCAUCCCGAAGGACACGAUCUGCUUGGUGAAUGUUUGGGGAUUGAACCACGAUACGGAGGUCUACGGUCCUGACGUCGAUGAUUUCCGCCCGGAGAGGUUCUUGAACGAAGAAGGGGAGCUGAAGGCCAUGCCAACAGAUACCAAGGACGAAGGGCACGUAACCUAUGGCUUCGGAAGACGGAUUUGUGUCGGCCGCCAUGUCUCCAAUAACAGCAUGUUCAUCGAGAUCGCCUCUAUCCUGUGGGCGUGCGAUAUUCGCCCUGGGAAGAACGAGGCUGGAGAGAUCGUUAUGCCGGACCCGCAGAAUAGUAUCGAUGAGGGGCUUGUAGUCCGUCCAGCACCCUUCCUGUGCUCCAUUACCGCUAGGUCGCCUGAAGUCGAGACUAUCCUCGCUGAGACGAAGGAUCGUCAUGGUUUGCCUAUUUAG